UCAGCUGUGCGCACGCCUUUCUCUUCUCCAGUUCGCGUUUUGACCAUCAAGACAUUCCGUAGAUAGGUGGUGUUUUUGUUUUGGCGCGAGAUUACGGGAGUUCAGUAGCCUACUAUCUGUCUAUGAGUUCAGCGACCAGUUACAGUCAUUGUUUCCUUCACGAUCUGCCAUAACACUGUAAAUAUGGAUGAUGAUGUAGUAGAACAAGGACGAUCGACAGAAAAUACGUCUAAUCAGGCUACUGUCAACGACGAUGUUUCGGCGAACACCACAGAUAAAUGUUCCAGUUCGGCGCCGCAAGCGAAGAGACUGAAGCUUUUCAACAAAGUCAUGGAAAAAAGCUUACAACGGCUUGUAGCUGACGCUAGUUUCCACAGAUUUGCGCACUCAUUCCACCCAUUCUACAAGCAGAAUCCCCAGGUGACUAAAACGAUUCAUCAAGAGUUUGUCGCUAGUCUCCAGAAGAACAUACAGGAUGACAUCAACAGAGUGAUUGAGGAAGGUGAGCUGCAGUGUAAAUUGGACGAGUUGGACACACUGUGUGACUUGGCGAAAGAGAAGACUCAAACUGCCUGGCGUCCCAGUGGUGUGCCAGAACAGGACAUCAGUAGCUUCCUGACUCCUUAUUAUAAAAAGCAGGAACUCUACAUGAAGAGAGAGCUGGAGAAGCUUCGUAAAGAGAACGCCGUGCUGGCUGGGAAGGUGCGAGAGGGCCGGAUCGCCAUUGCAAACACAGAGCAGCGCAUUGCAGCUGCAGUGGAUGACUGGAAGGCUUCUGUUGAAGAUCUGGGGACCUGUAUUUCUUCUCUUUGCCCAGAGGAGACCUUUGAGGGACUCUAAAUCUUAAAUAUUUUUCUAA